AUGUCAGUGGCGCUCGUGUUGUCAGUUUCUAUCCAGAUCGCUCGAAUGAAUGUGGGAUGCGUAGGCUUAUGUUCUAGUCCACUACUGAGUGUUUUCGAGAUGCAGCUUACUCGUUUGUGCUUAGGACGUUUUAUCCCGUGGAAAUGCACGCCAGGUGCUACUUGGGGUGGGAAACAACGCAAAAUCCCCCGACUCACUCACGCACGCAAAUCUGCCUUCCUUGGUCACAUGUUGCUUUCGGAACAGAAUCAUCGUUUUUUGCAAAAUCCUUGCAUGACUGCCGAGGUAGAAGCUGCCACAUUAGAAGACGAACGACGUCGUGAACUGGAGCGUGAAGAUCAGGUGUUCUACGAUCGAUAUGCCACGCAAUUUCACAAUCGAUUUGUCAGUCGAAGAAUUGAGGAGACCUGGAAGCGGGUACUACGCCGUCAACGAUUCGACAUUUGAUAAGAACUGCAACUGUGUGGAAAGUAGUCCGCAAAUUUUCGGACUCGCUUUUUUGCCAAUUCAUUGAUUGUAUUAGUACGACUGUAUUUCUUCUGGCUGAAUUUCAAACGAAUUGAAUUAUUUGAGAUAAUGUCCAGCC